GUUAACCCAAAAGGCAUGACCAGGGUUAAAGAUGACGACACCUAAACAAAUCCUUCUGGAGACUUUGGAGCAUUUGGGACAUGAUGACUUUGAAAAAUUCAAGUGGCAUCUGAAGAACAAUGGGUCUCUAGAAGGUUUACCAGCAAUCCCAGAGAGUAAACUGGAGAAUGCAGAGAGGAUGGACAUAGUGGAUCUGAUGUUUCAUACCUACUGUAUCAACACUUUUGAGGUGACUAAAAAUCUUUUGGGGAGCAUAAACAGGAAUGACCUGUUGGAGAAUUUAAAUAACAUCAUCCCAGAACCCAAAGAGAUUCUCCCUGAGUGUCAGCUCAAACUCAAGUCAAACCUGAAGAAGAAGUUCCAGUGUGUGUUUGAGGGGAUUUCUACAGCAGGAAACCCAACCCUUCUGAAUCAGAUCUACACAGAGCUCUACAUCACAGAGGGAGGGACUGCAGAGGUCAAUGAUGAACAUGAGGUCAGACAGAUUGAAACAGCAUCCAGGAAACCAGACAGACCAGAAACAACCAUCAGACAAGAAGACAUCUUUAAACUCCCACCUGGAAGAGAUAAACCAAUCAGAACAGUGCUGACGAUGGGAGUGGCUGGCAUUGGGAAAACAGUCCUAACACAGAAGUUCACUCUGGACUGGGCUGAAGACAAAGCCAACCAGGACAUCCAGUUCACAUUUCUAUUCACUUUCAGAGAGCUGAAUCUGCUGAAAGAGGAAAAGUUCAGCUUGGUGGAACUUGUUCAUCACUUCUUUGCUGAAACCAAAGAAGCAGGAAUCUACAGCUUUGAAGACUUCCAGGUUGUGUUCAUCUUUGAUGGUCUGGAUGAGUGUCGUAUUCCUCUGGACUUCCACAAAACUACAAUCCUGACUGACCCUAGAAAGUCCACCUCAGUGGAUGUGCUGCUGAUAAACCUCAUCAGGGGAAAACUGCUUCCCUCUGCUCGCCUCUGGAUAACCACACGACCUGCAGCAGCCGAUCAGAUUCCUCCUGACUGUGAUGGCAUGGUGACAGAGGUCAGAGGGUUCACUGACCCACAGAAGGAGGAGUACUUCAGGAAGAGAUUCAGCGAUGAGGAGCAGGCCAGCAGCAUCAUCUCUCACAUCAAGACAUCACGAAGCCUCCACAUCAUGUGCCACAUUCCAGUCUUCUGCUGGAUCACUGCUACAGUUCUGGAGUUUGUCAUGAAGAACAAAGAGAGUGAAGAUCUACCCAAGAAUCUCACAGAGCUCUACCUACGCCUUGUGCUAUUUCACCUAAAAACAAAGGACAUCAAGUAUGAUAGAGGAGCUGAGACAGAUUCAUGCAGGAAGAUGAAUGAGUCUCUGGGAAAACUGGCUUUUGAUCAGCUGCAGAAAGGAAACCUGAUCUUCUAUGAAUCAGACCUGACAGAGUGUGGCAUCGAUAUCAGAGCAGCCUCAGUGUACUCAGGAGUGUUCACACAGAUCUUUAAAGCUGAUAAGUGCCACAUGUUCAACAACGUUGUUUACUGUUUCGUCCAUCUGAGCAUUCAGGAGUUCUUUGCUGCACUUCAUGUCUAUCUGACCUUCAUCAACUCUGGAGUCAACCUGCUGAAGAAACAAUCUCCUCUCUCUAAAAUCUUCAAAAGAAAACUUACUGUAAAAGACUUCUACCAGAGUGCUGUGGACAAGGCCUUAAAGAGUCCAAAUGGACACCUGGACUUGUUCCUCCGCUUCCUCCUGGGUCUUUCACUGCAGACCAAUCAGGAUCUC